AACCCUAUUGUCCCAAGGUGAAAUCAAGUUCAAAUGUGAAAAAAGUAGCCGAUAGAAGAUCAAGGAAAGUGUACUUGCAAUUUUCAUAACCUAGUCCAAGUGAGAAUGGAAUUUAAUAUUGUUCAAGCUGUUAGGGUGAAUAAAGAUUGUUUCUGUGAUCCUUAGUGGUUUGCAAUAUCUACUUUUAUGAGCUGACAAGAUGAAAAUUUUAAUUGUAAAUAGCAGUGGCAAAAGUUUAAUACCUUUGCUGAUAUGUAAUGUGCGACGAAGUCCAUACAAUAGAAGUAACAACUAAACAGUUCUAAAAUUAAUUUUUUGCUGCAUUGACAAGUGCUUGUGGAAGUUGGCUAGUGUUCCCACAUACUUUGUGAGUGGUAAGUUUCAAAUUUAGGAUAAAUUAAUCUUGUUGUACUAAAGAAAUUACAAGAUUUUAAAGAAGUGAACUUGGUAAAUUUAUCCUACUAGUCGUUAGCCUGUGGAAAAAUCCACGGGUUCGCCCGUCCUUUUUAUACCGCAUUGCGUGUGUCUCGCUACCUGCGCAGCUUAGCUGCCAUUUUGCGUGACAGACACACAGACAGACAGACAGACGGACGGACGGACGGACAGACGUAUACAGGUAUUAUAAUAUAGAUAUUUCCCUUCAUGACAUGUUAUUAUGCUAGUACAAAUUACACAAGUAUAACGUGUUAACUAUCAAAUGUUUAAUUUGUUCACGCAACAGCACGACCUAAUUAAAGCUAGGUAUGUCCCACAUUUAGGGUGACAGGUGUAAAUUUUCAUGAUAUUGUAUAUAUAUAUAUUUUUAGAUAAACAAAACAGACACAAAGUAAAAAACACAAGGCCUAAAAAGAUGUCUUUAGAUAGCAUACCAAAGGAGUUAAGACAUUUACGAGCUUGUCUACUUUGCUCUAUGGUUAAAACGUUAGAACAGUUUGAAAGAGAUGGGUGUGAUAAUUGUGAACGGUUCCUGCAUCUGAAAGGAGACAGGGAACAAAAUUUAUCUUGUACGAGUGCUAACUUUGAUGGUGUAGUCUCCAUGAUGAGCCCAGACGACAGCUGGGUUGCAAAAUGGCAAAGAAUUGACAAACUAAGACCUGGUUGUUAUGCUGUAUCAGUUAGCGGAAAAUUACCGUCUGGUGUUGUGAAAGAGCUGAAGUCUAGAGGAAUACCAUAUCGUUCAAGAGACACAUCGUCAAAUACUUGAAUAAUUUUCUUGAUGCAGUGAUGUUAUUUAUUAUUGUGAGCAAGGUGAUAUCAGUAGAAAGUAUUAUUACGGCAGCAUUGCCUUUAACAGCAUUACCUACAUGUUAUAAAGAAAUUAUUUUAUAGCAUUUUAUAAACUUUGUGUUACGCUUAAAUAACAUAAUAGGGAUUUAAAAGUUUGCAAUUAAAUAAUUGAGGUUCCUCUUGAAGUCCAACUUUUUUUUGCAUCCUAUAAUAGUUGACGUAAAGAAAGUGUAAUAGCUUUAUUUAAAAGAAAAACAAACCAUUGUGAGUAGUUGUGAGUUGAAUCAGGGGGUAAAUCUGGGAUUUUUUAAAUAAUAACAAUAUUGCAUAAUAUAGUUAGGUCCCAUUAGGUUUUGUGUUAACUGCAGAUAAUUAGUUUUAUUAUGAGACUUUUUAAUAAGGACAUUUGGAGGUGUGUUUUAAGGACGAUGUCUAACUAGUUUCCUGUUUUGUGAAAUAACUUUCUGCCAUAUUUUUUUUUGCUUACAAUGUGCUUUUUUUUGCUUCAUCAUCGUACAUGUUGCCAAAAAAAAUAGAUUUAAAAGAAAGCUUCACUUUUUUUCACUUAAACUGUAUUUCAAAAAGAAAAGUAUCAUUUCUUCUUACAACUUGCUAUUGCAUGUUUAUAUUGUAACCUUCAAAAUAAUGUCCGAAUUGUUGGUGAGAACUUUUGUGUUGCAAUGUUGGAAAAAUGAAAUAUGAUAUUAUAUGUAAAUUUAAAAGUGUUGUUUAAACAUUUGUUUGCAAAAAGUCUUUGGACGAUCCAAUAUCUUUUUAAGAAAGAUUCUAGAAAAGUUUAAUUCUAUAAAUUUUUGAAAAACUAAUGUUUAGUUUGAAAGAAUUGAAAUUUGUGAGUGUGGAUUUGUCUGUAUUUGUCAACAAAAUAUGAAAAGGGAGAAUAAAAGAGAAUGAAAGUUUUAAUACUAUCUUUAACCUAUUUUUCAGCUCUUUGUAGAGUAAAUAGCAUUAUCAAAACAAAUAGCAAAUUUAAGGGAUAGGAAUGCAAAGUUUUCAUAAAUGUUUUAACAAAUUAAAAAUUGGAAAUUUUAUUUCUAUAAACAAUUCAAUGUAGCAUACAGAAAAAGUUUUUUUAAUACAUACAGUUUUGCUUUACACUGUAAUUUCCUGUUAAAUGUCACUUAUAACAUAAGAGUAAAAGUAAUAGUAAUAUUCUUAUUUAUUUAGCAUUAAGUAAAACAUGCAAUGUCACAAUAUAUAUUUUAUAAACCUGUUUCUUAUAUAAACAAACAUAUGAAGGAUGUUUUUAUAAGGACAGUGUGGAAAUCAUGACAGUAGUCAUACCUUCAUGACGUCAAUCAAUAAUUCUUUUACUGCCCACAAGAGAGUAAUUAAAGAUUUGAUUAAUGUCUUUUCA